AUGGAAGACACUCGGGAAGACUUUGAUAACCUGGUAUGGGAUAAGAAUGAUGAGGAAUGGGAAAAGGUGCAGCCAGAGCUGCGACAAAGAUCCGCCAUCCGCCUUGUGGAGGCACUAGCAACUGAAAAGUUUAACUGUCCUUCAACCUGGAUCACUCCAAUGAAUAUUGGCGGGUACAACAUUGUAUACAGAUUACGGGUCAAAGGCUUCUCCUCCGAUGUCAUAGUUCGAAGACCAAUUCCCUGCUACGCCCAAUUCCCCGAGGAGAAGAUCUUGAUCGAGGCUGCAACUGCCGGCUACAUCGAGAAGCAAACCCAAAUCCCAAUUGCCCCACACUCCAUGUCGACUGCCCUCAACGCCACCGAUGACGAUACCGACAAAACCUUCGUUUUGGAUCCUAAUAUCUCGGAGGAUUUCCUCGAAGUCCUUUACAGAAAGGUGGCAAGCUGCUUGCUAGAGCUUUCGCAGCAUACAUUUUUUCGCAUUGGGUCCUUGGUCGAGUCCAGCGAAGGUUCCUACUCCGUGGCAGCACGCCCAAUCACCCGCGACAUGAACAAUAUGCUUCAACUGGCAGGUAUUCCACGCUCAAUACUCCCCCCAAGGGAGAAGACGUAUGGGACGGCGGACGAAUACUACACUGAGCUCGCAGAUAUGCAUCUAGCCCAGCUUGUCUUUCAGCAUAACGACCUUGUCGCCUCAGCAGAUGAUUGCAGAAACAAAUACGUCGCUCGCCAAAUCUUACGCAGGCUUGCAACAGAGGGAAAGAUCUCAACCUUUGGAUUCAAAGAGGACAGUUGGUCAGCACAAUCCAAGACAAUGAGCGCAAUUUCAUCACCCGUACCUCCUAAUGCGGGCUCUUUUUGGCUGUAUUGCGACGAUCUACGAGCAGGAUAUGUUCUUCUUGACGACUCUGACAAUAUCGUCGCUAUCAUUGACUGGGAGUUCACGUAUGCUGUCCCUAGUCAAUUCUCCCUUGAUCCGCCGUGGUGGUUGGUCCUCGAUCCGCCUGAUAUGUGGGACGAUGGUAUCGAGGAUUGGGUUAAAUUCUAUGAACCACGCAUGAAAAUUUGGUUGUCAGCUAUGCAGAAGGCUGAGGCCACCGCAGAGUCCAACGAGAGAUGCAUGGAAGUUCCGUUGUCGACGUACAUGCAAGAGAGCUGGGAAACAGGCAGGUUCUGGCUAAGUUAUGCAGCGAGGAAGAGUUGGGCAUUUGAUGCUCUCUUCUGGAAAUUCUUGGACGAAAGGUUCUUUGGAAUUAGACAGAAUAGGGUCCCAAGGGAUGAGUUGUGGAAGACAAGGCUGCAUCUUCUAAGCGAGGCAGAGAAAAUCGCGAUGGAACCCUUUGUGGAACGGAAGAUGGAGGAAACAAAAAUGCGCAAGUUGGUUGAGUGGGAUCCGGAGGAUGCAAAAAGGCGUUUGGCUGAGGUCAUAUUUGACUAA